AAGGUAAACCGGCCCGUCGUCGUCGUUGGGUACACCGAGCCAAUGUCUCUACUUUAUCGUACUCUAUGUUCAUUUCUUUAUCGUACCGAGGACGGAGAGUCGAACCCUCUCAACGUCGGCUCCGAUUUUUCACCAUUGGAAAACUCAACGACGACAGCGACGAUGUCGUUUUCGGUGCCGACUGACCUACCACAAUUUUUCUUUCGUUCAAACAUCUUUUAAAUACGGGACAUCAGGUGCCUUCUCUGCAAGGAAACGAACGUUCUAAUUUCCGUUCUACCUAUUCUGUUCUGUGAGAUUAGGUCUUUAUCGUUCAUACACGAUCGCGAGUUUUCCUUUUCUUACAGAUAAGAGCCCUAAUUCAACUCUCUGUAAUUUCACUUGAGAUUCGAUUCGGAAAAUACAGCUGUAAGAACCAUAAGCACGUAACAAUGGAACACGCAGAUUUAGUAGCAGAUAUGGUUCGUGUAGAAAGGCUCACUACGCAAGAACGACUACAUCUUGCACGGCAUCGUAGACUUCAGCAAUUAAAAGUGUGGCGUCAGCGUGAAAAAGAAUGGCUACGGCAUCAAACCAGGCAUACAAGCAAUAAGCGUCAUAUAUACUUCAAUGAUAGUGUCAUGUUACUAGAAGCUGCUGCAAGAAAUGAUAUAGAUGAAGGUAACAAUAACAUUAGGAGACUGUUGAAAAAAGGAGUGAAUCCUGAUUCAACAAAUGAAGAUGGAUUAACUGCAUUGCAUCAAUGCUGUAUAGAUGACAAUGAAGAGAUGAUGAAGUUACUCGUUGAAUUUGGUGCUAAUGUAAAUGCUGAAGAUAGUGAAAAAUGGACCCCGUUACAUGCUGCUGCUACCUGUGGUCAUUUACAUCUUGUAAGAUAUCUGAUAGCUAGAGGUGCAAACUUAUUGGCUGUUAACGCUGAUGGAAAUAUGCCUUAUGAUAUUUGUGAGGAUGAAAAAACAUUAGAUUGCAUUGAAGGGGAAAUGGCAAGACGAGGCGUUACACAGGAAUUAAUAGAUGAAACUAGAGCAUCCACGGAAGUUCAAAUGUUGAGAGAUCUACAAAAAAUUGUUACCAUGGGUGGAGAUCUCGAGUAUAAGGAUCAUCAAGGUGCUACACCUCUUCAUAUAGCAUCAGCAAAUGGUUAUUUAAGGGUAGUCGAAUAUCUUCUCGAUCAACACAUUUCUACGGAUAUAGAAGAUAAUGAUAAAUGGCAACCUGUUCAUGCAGCAGCAUGUUGGGGUCAUUUAGAGGUUCUAGAGCUAUUGGUACAGAAUGGGGCUGAUUUAAAUGCAAGAAAUAAACAUGACGAAACUCCUGCUGAUAUUUGUGAAGACCCUGAAAUUAGAGAACGCAUAGUUGAACUUAAAACGGAACAAGAAAGUAAACGAUUACGAGAAGCACAAGGUCGGCGAGUACGAAGAUCACAAAGUAUAAAUACCCGGACUCAAAGUGUACGACGGACAUCGAUCAGAGACAAAGUUCUCACAACAAAAAAAGAUGCUCAAGAGGAAGCAAGACUGAGGUUACAGGCACAACAGACAUACGUUAGUAUUCCAACUCCUAAUCUUCCACAAACAGAAAACAGCACAAAUACACAAGAUGUGGUAAAUAAUGAAACUGAUUCGAGUACACUGACUCCUGCUGUGCGCAAAGGGCCCGAAGGAAAGGAUAAUGAUUCUUUUAUGCAUGAAGAUGUUGAUAAAGAUUCAGCAGUGACAGAACCUGAUGUACCAGUUGGCAGCCAGCAACCUAUUUACUCGACAGAUGAUACCAAUGGAAAGAUCAACAUACACGUGUCUGUAGUUUUUGUCAAAUCUCUAUCAGAUUUGAAAAAGAAGAGGGCACAAAAUCGACAUAUAUCAAGUGGUUCCAUGGAUACUAAUGGAAAUGGUUUUCCAGUUGUACCAGUUUCAUCUAUAUCCAACUCUGAUUUGGGCACAAGUGACUUUCAACGAUUUACUGGAAACACAAGUGAAAUUAUUGGUGAUAACCAUUCAGAAAAGAGUUGUUGUACUGUAAUGUAAAAUGUACAUAUACGAAGAUAAAGUUACACAUCACUAAACUAAAUGUUCCUUGAACACAACAUGGUAAAUAUAUCUAUUCAUUUUUUAGAUAAAAUUUAAUUUCAUUGAUCUGUACUUAGUUCUUCUUAGAUUUUUCAUAGCUCAAAGUUCAUAUGAUAUUAGAAAUAUACUUUUAUAUAUACUUAAUUACCCUUAUUGGGAUUCCUGAAUAAGCAUUACAUUCUCUGUAAUGUAUGUUACUAAUAAUAGUAUUUUAAAAUGUUAUCAAAUCAAUUUUAGAAAUGUUAUCCUAUUUUGGAAUGAUUAAAUAUGUACUUAACAGUUAUAGUAACAAUGUAUUAUAGUUAAGUUUUUGACAUAUACUAUUCUGUCAUUUGUACAUAAACUAUCAUUUGUAUUUACAUUGUUAAUUAGUUAAUAAUUUUAACUGUUUUUAGCUAUUUAGUUAAUAAUUAGCUAUCAUUAUAAAAUUUUAAUAAUUAAUUUAUCAACACGAUGGUCUUGUAGAAAACUGAUUGCGAGUCAUUUCUUUUUGCUUCAAUUAUUAUAUCUCUUAUGUAUGUGAUAACAGCGCAUUUAUCUUACGAAAAAUACAUUUAUGCAAAUUAAAAAUGAAUUUAUAGACAAACUUCCUUUUGAUUUAAUGUUUCGUAGUGCUUUAGAAUUUCUCUAUUAUAUCAGUUUUUCACAUGACCUUUGUUGUACAGAAUUUUAUUUAUUUAAAAAAAAUAUUCUAAAUAGAGAGUAGACAUAUAUAUAUAUAUAUAUGUAUAUGUAUAUAUGUGUGUAUAUAUAUAUUCUAUAAAAAAUUAUCUUCUCAUAAGCAACAUCCAAACAUAAGACUACACUCAAUAUCUUCCAGUCUUUUUUAUGAAAUAUAAAAUAUAAUAACUAUAUAAGUGCUAAUUUUGUAUUAAUUUAAGCAGUCAGAUUUUUAUAUCUACUUCUGCUUAUAUAAAAUAUAAUAUAUAUCUAUAUUAGCAUGUUAAGUACUUAAAAUGAUGUCUUCAAUUAUAAAAAAAAAAGAAAAAAAAACACCAUUGCAAUUUAAAUAUUUCACAUUGUCAUUUAAAAAGUAUUAGAAAAAUAAUUAGAUUUUCCAAAUUACAUAUUACAAUGACUAUAACAUAUAUGUUAAAUGUCUAUCUAUAAACUAAAGACAUCUAUUUUUUUAAAAAGAUGUGUUAUGAUAUAUUCAUUAGAUAAUUAUAUUAUAUCCAAAGUAACAAUAUAUAAGAAUGUGAUUAGUAAAAUGAAGAAAUUUUCUAUGACAUUUAAACAGAAUAAUAUAUUGGUAUUCUUUAAAAAUACCUUAUAAAUGACAAGAUAUCUGCUGUAAAAAAUAUAUAUGUAUAUAAAAUAUAAUAAUUUUUAUUUUACCAUAUUAUUAGAACACAAUUGGAAUUUUUUUUUGAGUCGUUACUUCAAAUCUCAUAUGCCAAAUACAAUUGCUGAAAAAAAAGCCUAUACCAUAAAUAAUAAAUUAUAUCUUCCUAUAUAAUCAGUAUCAAUGUGUUCAGAGAAAAUAAUAGUUCUUAAUAUUCUUGUAAUAACAAUAAUUUUCUUAGACUUUUAUGUGUAAUAUUCAAGUUGUGAUGCCAAACACAGUGACAACUCAUAUAUAUCUUAACUGCCCUAACUGAUUAUCUUAAUUAAAAUUCAAUAUAGAUUUUAUUCAGAAUUAUAAAACACUAUUAAUAUUUAUAUUCAUUGAAGCAAAUUUAGUACUACAAUUUUCACAAAAAAACUAUGCUCUUUAGAUAAUCAUUUUUACAAACAAAUGCAGAUAUCUUCCUAAAUUUUAUGAAAAAUUUCAAGUAAACUAAUAAAAUAUAUACUAUCUGUAGGCAAGCAUUAAAAUGUAAGAUCAUUAUUAUGUCUUGCAUAACGUAACUUGUCUAUAUAUCACGACAAUAUAUAUAAAAAAUUAUUAAGUAGAAAAAAGAAAUAAAUACUGUAUAAUAUAUGUAAAUGUAUCACUAUAUGCACUUUUCCGAUAUUAAAUAAUUAGAUGAUAUAGAAAGUGUUUUUUUAUCAUAUAUUAAUACAAUGCAUAAUACUCGGAAAAAAUUUUAUUUAUUUAUUAAGAUUUUAUUUAUGAAGAUUUUCUUUAUUAGAAUUAUCGCAGGAAAUAAGAUAAUUAUUACACGUUUUCGUAUAAUUAGAUAAUAUUGUCUUAGCAAAAAACAAUUACGCUUUUUUUGUCUAUAAAAAGCACAAUAUAGUGUAAAAUAUAUAACAUAUAAGAUUAUAAUGUAAGUUAUUAUGGAAUACUUACUAAACAUUCUGAAAUGGUGCUCAUCAUAUAAAAUAAAAUGAUUGUAUAUAAUAAUUAUUAGAUAUUAAAAUUGUAUAUGAAUAUAACGAUCAAUUACUUAAGCAAAAUUGAAAGAUAUUUUUGUUUUUUAUA